UCUCUCUCUCUCUCUGUCUCUCUCUCUGUCUCUCUCUCUGUCUCUCUGUCUCUCUCUCUCUGUCUCUCUCUCUCUCUUUCUCUCUCUCAGGGUGCGGGCUGUACAGCUCUGGUGGUUGCCGUGGUAGCAAGGAAGCUGGAGUUGACCAAGGCGGAGAAACACGUCCACAACUUCAUGAUGGACACACAACUCACCAAGAGGAUAAAAAAUGCUGCGGCCAACGUUCUGAGGGAGACUUGGCUCAUCUACAAACACACCAAACUACAGAAGAAGAUUGACCACUCCAGAGUCCGCAAACACCAGAGGAAGUUCCUGCAGGCCAUCCACCAACUGCGUAGUGUGAAGAUGGAGCAGAGGAAACUGAGUGAUCAGGCCAACACUCUGGUGGACCUCUCAAAGAUGCAAAGUGUGAUGUACGAGCUGAUGUCGGAGCUGAACGAUCGCAGUGAGGACCUGGAGCGGCAGAUGCUGUCUCUGGAAACGCGGGUGGAACAGCUGACCGCCGGCUUCAGUGCCCUGCCUGCCCACCUGUCUGCCACGCUGUCUGCCCAGCACACCACCUUGCUCCACCUGCUCCGAGAGAGGGACUACAGAGGAGGAGGAUGGGGAGGGGGAGGUGCAGGUGGAGGAGGGACAGCCCUGGUCCCUGUUGCUCAGCUGGCCCCUGCCCAUGCCCUGACCCCAAGCCCAACCCUGGCCCCAGAGCCACAGCAGCCCCCAGAAGGAACCAUAGAGGGCAGCACUAGUCCCAAUACUAGCACCUCCAGUUGUUGAAGAGAGGAGGAGGAUGGGAAGGGGAAAGAAGAGGUGAGGGUAGAGGAGGAGAUAGAGGACUAGUAGGAAUACGGGAUGAGGAGGUCAGCCCCAAUACUAGCACCUUCAGAUGCUGCAGAGAGGAGGAGGGAGGGGGGAUGGGUAAGGGAGGGCAGCCAGAAGCCCAACACUAGCUCAUCCAGCUGCUGAGGAAAGGAGUAGGGAGGAGGGGUGGGAUAGGGGAGGAAAAUAGAGGAGUGGGGUAAAUGGGAGAGGGCGAGGGAAAGGAUCAGAGAUAAGAGGCUGUGAGAGGGAGGGUGGGAUGGGAGGUAGAGAAGGUGAGGGAUAGGAGAGGCAAGGAAGUGGAGGGAGGUUGGGAGAGAGAGAAGGGGAUGAAAACGGAGAGGGGGGAAAGGGGAAUGAAGGGGGAAACAGAUAACCAAGACUAUUACAGAGGUCUUUAAUGGAGUCCAAUCUAAUGACAGAAAAACGUCUCCCUCUCUUUUUCCAUUCGUCCCUCUCUAUCCCUCUUUCUCUUCAUCUCAUUCUCUCCCUCCAUCUCUCGCCCUCUUCCCUCCCCUCCCUCAAUCAGGAAUUAUUGACUAUGACUUUUUGUCCUUAUGAUCUAUUUUCUAUCUAACUGCUACUUGUGUGGUAACGAGCAUCCCUUUAACAAACCAUUUAAUCAACGACCAUAAUACAUACUAAACACCACACACGCACACACAAACACACACAACACACACUCUCCAUGUAGUAUGCCUACCUUUUAACACACACCUACACACACACCAUGGCAACGUAAACACACCACAACAUAAUACACAGCAAACACACACACACACACACACACAAAAUAGCACACAAUAUUGCGCAGCAUUCUAUAGUAGACUAUAAAACACUAUAGUACAGCCUAUACUAUAGCCUAUACACUGCCAAGCAGACAAUGCACUAAGUCCAACUGAAAAGAACAUACUGCCAGGCAUUUAUUACUUGACACAGAGAGCAUCGACACGGUCCAAGGAAACACUGCUGCCAUAUUUCCUUAUGCACACACGUUCACAAAACUCUGUUUUAAUGAAUGUAUGCUGUACAUUUCAAACCACAAGCACACAGUUUGCACAGGGGCACAGAUAUGCCUAAACCCACACACAUACACGCUGAACCACACCCACAUGCGGACACACACACACACACAAUCUACCAAAGUGCUCUCUCUCAAAUGGACUACAAAAGAGAGGCAGAAGAGGAUGUCACUGGGGAGAUGGGAAGAGGAGUUUCAGAUUUCCUGACAAUGUUUUUCAAGGAACAUUGGAUUUGGACUAGUACUAGUGCUUUAUGGACUGCACUUUUUACUGUGCUCGAUGGACUGCCAUAGACAGGAAAUGAAGGAAUAUUAACCAGACAAAGGAUACAGGCCAUGGCAAGAGAGAAACGGUUGCUUACAAAACUUAACCCUAUAGAGGGAGAGACUAUAUAUCUGAGAGAAUAAUUAUUAUGAUGUAAUGGAAUAAGAUACUAUUUCUACGGAGACCAUUUUGAAAACUGUCUUAUAGUGACAUUCUGUGGCCGAAAUACUGAGUUACACCCGCUUGGAAUAUUGUACUGUACAAUAUACUGUUACUGAAAUCUACAUAGCUUUGUAUUGCUCAGUCUUUUCUACCAUUACAAUUUAACGGUUAUAGCUAAUAUCUACUAUUAUUAUACUAUAGUAUUCUUCUCAUUCGUCCUGACAAUUAUAAUAAAUGUAUUAAUAAUAAACUUUAAUAAUAAUAAAUAAUGGACAAGGGAGGUGCGUUUGAGGGUGAAAUUAUUUUGUAAUUUUAUUUUAUCAGAGAUAAUGAAUAAAGUAUAUAUCUAUAUAACA